AGCAACACAAAGCACUCGCAAGAGAACUCUCUCUCUCUCUCUCUCUCUCUCUCUCUCUCACAAACAAAAAUGUUGAGUCCUCUCCAAAUGUUCUCAAAAUCAUCAUCAACUUCUUCUUCUUCUUCUCCUUCAUCAGCUUUGAGUUCUACCAAUAAGCUCAAGAACCUUAUCCAAACCCUCGUACUCUCCCACAUGUGCAGGCUCAUACGUUCUCUCUCCAAAUUCAAAGCCAUAAUCCUCAACAUCAUUAACAACAACUACGAUUCAACCAUUGAUUUCCCUCAUCACCACUAUUCUAGAAAGACCAAUAGGAUUAUUCUGGGUUCUUUCAGGCUCCACUAUAAUUGGUGCUCCUCAAAAUCCUCUACUGCUACUCAUCACGUUCUUCCAGUGCUCCCAACAAACAAAUGGAACACCGUGCUCCCUUCCGAGAAGCAGCAACAACAAGAGGUUGUUGGUGAGAAUUUCCAUGACCUAGACCUUGCAGGGUACUUGCAGUGGCUUGAGGAGAAGCCUCAUCAUGGCGGGGAAGAAGAUCAGAGUUCCAAAGAGAUUAACGAGAUUGAUUUGAUGGCUGAAAUGUUCAUUGCCAAUUGCCAUGAGAAGUUCAGGUUGGAAAAGCAAGAAUCUGAUAGAAGGUUCCAAGAAAUGUUGGCUAGAGGAUUGUGACAAGAUUGAAGCCAAUAAUAAUGGUGUCUUUGGAUGCUAAUUUUCCACUACAACCGAAGUUGGUACAUACCAAAGGUCUAAUGCAGUUAUCUUUAUACGAAUUUGAUAGUUGAAUUAUUUAACAAUUCUUAACUAUUAACUAUAUUUAAAGAAAACUGCAUUGAGUUUUUAGGCAUCUGAUAUUAUUGUUGAUACAUAAUUUGGACCGUCAUUACUUGUAUGUUUUUUCUUUCAAGUUUGCAUUCCAAACAACUGCACUGCAACCACAAUUCAGUUACUACUUGUUAAUUAUUAUAUCCACUACUACUACUGUAUGUGGUGUGUGUAACUUGAGGGUUUGUUUAGGGCGUAGGUUUUUAUUUUGUAGUUCAAAUUAAGUUUCUUCUUUCUGUUAAAAAAUUAUGAUACAGAUACGAGUCUUAACAGCUUGUAUUUAAGACAAUAAAUAAGUUUUAUGGCUGGUAAGACUCGUGUUAGAGAUAUAUAUAUGAGGUGUUAGAAGUGUAUAGUACUAUGUAUAAAUUUAUUUUCUUCUCUUUAAUUUGUUGUAUGCAUUAGAAAGAUGAAGAGGCUGGAGAGGGAAUUUAAGGGGUGAUUCAAGAAACAUCAAGCACAAUAUAAUAAUUCUUCUAUGGCUAUGGUGUAUGUUUUUACCAUGCAGCUUCAGGCAAUGUUUAAUUGUUUAUACGGAAUUACUCUCUCUC